AGGAUCAUCGUUAUGUGGAAGUUGAAGAUAGGAGAGGGAAAUGGAGAAGACCCUUACUUGUUCAGCAGCAACAACUUCGUCGGACGUCAAACAUGGGAGUUUGAUCCCAAAGCCGGCACACCUGAGGAACGAGCCGCAGUUGAAGAAGCUCGCCAGAAAUUUUUGGACAACCGUUCCCGUGUUAAAGGUUGCAGUGAUCUCUUGUGGCGAAUGCAAUUUUUGAAAGAGGCGAAAUUCGAGCAAGUGAUCCCGCCGGUGAAGAUCGACGACGGCGAAGGCAUAACUUAUGAAAAUGCUACGAAUGCGUUAAGGAGAGCAGUUUCUUUCUUCUCGGCUUUGCAGGCCUCCGAUGGCCACUGGCCGGCGGAAAUCGCCGGAACUCUCUUCUUCCUUCCUCCAUUGGUUUUUUGUUUGUAUAUCACAGGACACCUCGAGAAGAUAUUCCAUGCGGAACAUCGCAAAGAGAUGCUUCGGCAUAUCUAUUGUUACCAGAACAAAGACGGUGGAUGGGGAUUACAUAUUGAGGGAAAGAGUGUUAUGUUCUGCACCGCACUGAAUUACAUAUGCUUGCGUAUGCUCGGAGAAGGUCCCAAUGGAGGGCGAGAUAACGCCUGCAAACGAGGCAGGCAAUGGAUUCUUGACCAUGGUGGUGUGACUUAUAUUCCUUCUUGGGGAAAAUUUUGGCUCUCGAUGCUCGGAAUCUAUGAUUGGUCUGGAACCAACCCAAUGCCUCCCGAGAUUUGGUUGCUCCCUUCUUUCAUUCCAAUACACUUAGGAAGAGUUUUGUGUUAUACCCGGAUGGUUUAUAUGCCCAUGUCUUAUCUGUAUGGGAAACGAUUUGUUGGUCCUCUUACACCUCUUAUCAUGCUAUUGCGCAAAGAACUCCACUUACAACCUUAUGAGGAAAUCAAUUGGAACAAAGCACGCCGUCUAUGUGCAAAAGAAGACAUGAUUUAUCCUCAUCCUCUGGUUCAAGAUUUGUUAUGGGACACUCUUCACAAUUUUGUGGAGCCUUUCCUUACAAGUUGGCCGUUAAAAAAACUUGUACGGGAUAAGGCUCUUCGAGUGGCAAUGGAACACAUACAUUAUGAGGACGAAAAUAGCCAUUAUAUUACCAUCGGAUGUGUUGAGAAGGUUCUGUGCAUGCUUGCUUGCUGGAUCGAGAAUCCUAGUGGAGAUCACUUUAAGAAACAUCUCGCUAGAAUUCCGGACUUCAUGUGGGUUGCUGAAGACGGACUGAAAAUGCAGAGCUUUGGAAGUCAACUCUGGGACACAGGGUUUGCGAUUCAAGCUUUACUUGCUUGUGACCUUUCUGACGAAACUGAUGAUGUACUCAGGAAAGGACACAAUUUCAUAAAAAAUUCUCAGGUUAGAGAAAACCCUUCAGGUGACUUUAAGAGCAUGUAUCGCCAUAUUUCCAAAGGAGCCUGGACUUUGUCUGAUCGAGAUCAUGGAUGGCAAGUGUCAGAUUGUACAGCUGAAGCUUUGAAGUGUUGCAUGCUGCUCUCCUUGAUGCCAGCUGAGGUCGUUGGCCAGAAAAUAGAUCCUGAACAACUAUACGAUUCUGUUAAUCUCUUGUUAUCGUUGCAAGGUGAAAAAGGAGGUUUGACUGCAUGGGAGCCUGUCCGUGCACAAGAAUGGUUGGAAUUGCUCAAUCCCACAGAUUUUUUUACUAGUGUUAUGGCUGAACGCGAGUAUGUAGAAUGUACCUCAGCUGUUAUUCAAGCUUUGGUUCUGUUCAAACAACUUUAUCCGGAUCACAGGACAAAAGAAAUCAUCAAGUCGAUUGAGAAAGGGGUGCAAUUCAUAGAAAGCAAACAAACGAUUGAUGGUUCAUGGUAUGGAAACUGGGGUAUCUGUUUUAUCUACGCGACAUGGUUUGCUCUGAGCGGGCUAGCAGCCGCUGGUAAAACCUACAAAAGUUGUCUGGCUAUGCGCAAAGGUGUAGAUUUCCUGCUUACGAUACAGGGAGAAGAUGGAGGUUGGGGAGAAAGCCAUCUGUCAUGCCCUGAGCAGAGAUACAUACCAUUAGAAGGGAACAGAUCAAACCUAGUGCAAACCGCAUGGGCUAUGAUGGGUUUGAUUCAUGCCGGACAGGCCGAGAGAGAUCCUACACCUCUUCAUCGUGCUGCGAAACUUAUCAUCACUUCGCAACUUGAAAAUGGGGACUUUCCGCAACAGGAAAUAUUAGGAGUAUUCAUGAAUACGUGCAUGCUACACUAUGCUACAUACAGAAACACCUUCCCCUUAUGGGCACUCGCGGAAUAUCGAAAAGCUGCCUUCUUAACUCAUCAAGAUCUAUAGCUCUUCCUGAAUAAUCUUUAAAAGAAAUU